AUGGCUGAUGAUAUUUUAAAGUGUAUUCACACGGGUUUUAAGUAUGUUUUAAUAAGUAGUGAUAUAAAUAAUGAAAUAAAAGAAUUGAAUUUUAAAGGAAGUGAAGAAAAAUUUCAAAAUACUUUAGGAUCUUAUUUUAGAAGAAUAAUUUUUGAUGAAAAAGGAAAAGACGAGCUAAAAGAAACUAUAAAAGAAAAAUUAAAUACAGGUAAAGCAAAUGAUAAUGAACAAAAUGAAAAUAAAGAAAAUUUAAAUACUAUAACACCCGAUUUAAUAAAUAAUGCAAUUGAAUCAUCUCAAACUUACCAAAUUAUUCCAUUGACAAUUCCAUCUGAAAAAACAAAUUUUUUUGGUGUUAAUUGUUAUAUUGAUGAUAUUGGACGAAUAAAAAAACUACCUUACAAUAGUAGAGCUUCAAGGAUAUGUAGUACAGAUAUUUACGGAGAUGCAUUUUUAUCAAAAACUUAUGAUAAUGAAGAUUUCAAGAGAUGUGAUUUUACCAUAAAAGAAUAUGAAGAAUUUUUGAAAAAUCCUCCAAAGGCUGAAAAUAGGUGGGACCAAGCGCAAGCCAUGCAAGACUUGUUAAAGCAAAUGAAAGGGCCGAAAGAUGGAGACACUAAUGUGAGCACAUCAAGCACAAAAACGACUGCUUGUGAACAUUGCUAUACGGAAAAAAAUUUAAAAAGAUGUGGAAAGUGCAAAAAGGUCUACUACUGCUCAAUUGAAUGUCAAAGAAGAGACUUCGUUUUUCAUAAAAGAAUUUGCUCAUGA